AUGGAAGGGGGAAGCACGGAAAGAGCAGCCAUGGCAGCAGUGGAAGAAGCAAAGAAAAGAUGCAGUGCUCUUACACAGCGAAUCAUUCACUCGGAGAAACUUUCCAAAUUAUCAUCGAAAACAACCCUUCUCAGAUUAAUCCAAUCCGAGCUCUCUUUUCUUCAUCGCCUGUCUCCUCCCUUUUCUUCUGCCCCUCUCAGUGUCAAUAUUGGGCAUCUGGAGGCCAUUGCGCACGUUCUUCAGCAGCCAUUCGUAACUGGGGUAUCGCGCGUCUGCAAGCCAGUUGUUCUGUCGCCUUCGAAAAGGAUCUAUGUUGAUAUAGUAUGUAGUUUGAAUGGAAACCCUGUGUGGUUUAUUGUCUCGGAUAGGAACCCCAGAUAUAUUUUUUGGGACAGAAACGAGGGUUUAAAGACACGAAUUCGAUUACUUCUUGAUGCGGCAAACGAGUCCCCUGUAACGCUAAGGCCAUCUUCUAUCAUCUUCUUCUUUGCUAAUGGACUUGAUGAUGGUGAUUGUCAGAAAUUUAGGGAUGAAUUUGGAGCCACUGAAUUAGAACUUGAUUCAUUUUCGUAUGAAGAGUUACAAUUAGAGGAAGACUGGACAAAUGUGAAUCUAAUUGGAAGGUCAUUCCCAAAGUCUUGUGUUCUUCAAAUAAGGGUCGGAACAAAUGGCUUUGGUAUGAACGAUAAACAUCUUUUGCAUUCUGCAGGGGAAGAUACCCUAUCAUCUUGCAAGAAGAACAUUGAGUCCUGUGAUUUGAAUUUAGGCAUGUCUUUCUGUUCUCUUGUUUCUGGAUUGAAAUGCGGCUGCUGCUCUUUGGAUUUGUAUGCAGGACUUGAGGAUGGGUCAUCAAAGGAUUUGUUGGAUGGGAUUAGAGCCAAAUUAGUUAAUUUUGAUACGACAGCAAUGAUAGCUAUCGUGUCGGGAAUCAGUAAUGGAGGGACUGAGAAACUUUUGGCUAAACCAGAGAGCGAAUUGAGGGGUCGAUUUAAAAGCAACUAUGAGUUCGUGAUUGCACAGGUCAACUCCGAAAUCCAGAACCCGAUCCAUGGGGAACUGGCUGGUGUAAUAUCAGGAAAGAUAGGUAUUAUAUGUGAAAGCGUUCAUUCAGAAUGUCAGGAGCUUAUCUCAAUGUGCGGUGGUCCUAAUGAGAUAUCAAGAGCCAACCACUUUCUGAAGUUCCUCAAGGUAGUGCCUGAUUGUCCUUCAACACGAUUGAUGAACCUUCCGACGACCAGAAAAAUGGCCUUGAAAAACAAGGUAGUUUUUGGUACUGGGGACUACUGGCACGGUCCUACUGUAACUGCAAAUAUGGCUUUUGUCAGAGCUGUUUCACAGACAGGGAUGUCUCUGUUUGUAAUAGAGCAUAGGCCGCGGGCACUAGUUGGUGACUGA